AUGACGGGCCGCGUGUGCCGCGGGUGCGGCGGCACCGACAUCGAGUUUGACGCGGCGCGCGGGGACGCCGUGUGCACGGGCUGCGGCUCGGUGCUCGAGGACAACAUCAUCGUGUCCGAGGUGCAGUUCGUGGAGAACAGCGGCGGAGGCUCCUCGGCCGUGGGCCAGUUCGUGUCCCUGGACGGUGCUGGCAAAACCCCGACCCUGGGCAGCAGCUUCCAUGUGAAUCUGGGGAAGGAGUCGAGAGCACAGACCCUGCAGAACGGGAAGAGGCAGAUCCACCACCUGGGGAAUCAGCUGCAACUGAACCAGCAUUGCCUGGACACGGCCUUCAACUUCUUCAAGAUGGCUGUGAGCAAGCACCUGACACGGGGGCGGAAGAUGGCCCACGUGAUUGCCGCCUGCCUCUACCUGGUCUGCCGGACAGAGGGCACACCACACAUGCUCCUGGACCUCAGUGAUCUGCUCCAGGUGAACGUUUACGUGCUGGGGAAGACAUUCCUGCUCCUGGCGAGAGAGCUCUGCAUCAACGCACCAGCAAUAGACCCCUGCCUGUACAUCCCACGCUUCGCCCACCUGCUGGAGUUUGGGGAGAAGAACCAUGAGGUGUCCAUGACGGCCCUGCGGCUGCUGCAGCGCAUGAAGAGGGAUUGGAUGCACACGGGCCGGCGCCCCUCGGGGCUCUGCGGUGCAGCCCUUCUGGUUGCUGCCAGGAUGCAUGACUUCCGGAGAACUGUCAAAGAGGUCAUCAGUGUGGUCAAAGUGUGUGAGUCUACGCUGCGCAAGAGACUCACCGAAUUUGAAGACACCCCGACCAGUCAGCUGACCAUCGACGAGUUCAUGAGGAUUGACUUGGAAGAGGAGUGUGACCCCCCCUCGUACACGGCGGGCCAGAGGAAGCUGCGGAUGAAGCAGCUGGAACAAGUCCUGUCAAAGCAGCUGGAGGAAGUUGAAGGUGAGAUCUGCAGCUACCAGGACGCAAUCGAGAUUGAGCUAGAAAGCAGCCGGCCGAAGGCGAAGGGGGCCCUCGCCACCCUGGCCAAAGACGGCUCCAUUGAGGACACCGUAUCCAGCUUAUUUGGCGAGGAGGAUGCGGAGGACGAGGAGCUGGAGGCUGCUGCCAGCCACCUCAACAAGGACUUUUACCGGGAGCUCCUUGGUGAUGGCCUGCCCAGCAAUUCAGAAUCAGCCGGGGGCACGGAGGAGGGGAGCCGGCCCCCUGCCCUGGAGUCCCUGCUCGGGCCCCUGCCCACAGCGGCCAGCCUGGGCAUCUCAGAGUCCAUCCGAGAGUGUAUCUCCUCCCCGAGCCGGGACCCCAAAGACACCCUGGAGGAUGGUGAACUGGACCUUAGUGGCAUCGAUGACCUCGAAAUUGACAGAUACAUCCUGGACGAGGCGGAGGCCCGCGUGAAGGCUGAGCUAUGGAUGCGUGAGAACGCAGAGUACCUACGGGAACAGAGGGAGAAAGAAGCCAGGAUUGCCAAGGAGAAGGAGCUCGGCAUCUACAGGGAGCACAGGCCAAAGAAGUCCUGCAAGAAGCGGGAGCCAAUCCAGGCCAGCACGGCGGGCGAGGCCAUCGAGAAGAUGCUGGAGCAGAAGAAGAUCUCCAGCAAGAUCAACUACCACGUGCUGCGGGACCUCAACAGCACAGGCGGGGGUGGCCCACCUGGGGAGGAUGAGGGGCUGCCGGGGCCGGCCGGUGCUAGGAAGUUGUCACGGAGGAGGACGCCAGCCAGCCGGAGCACAGCCAACUCUGCCGCCAGCGGGGGGAAGAGGUUGAGGCCUCUGGUGUCUGCCCAGCCAGCCAAGAAGGCGGCCCUCAGAGAGGCCAUGGUCUCCAGCCCCCCGGCCCCUGGUGCUGAGCCUGUGAGGCCGGCAGCCGUUGUGGUGGAGAGCGGGCCAGUGUCUUAUCACCCCGACGAGGAUGUGGACGAGGAUGACGCCGAGGAGGAGGAGGGCGAACCCUGCAUUACGGUUGUGACGGUGACGACGAUGACGGCUAUUGACAUGGGUCCCACACUUGGGCCGGCUGCACUUGGCAGUGGACAUGGCUUCGGUCUGCAGAACAUCCAUGGCUCCCAGGCAGGGUGGGCAAGAGACUCGGUGACAAGAGGCGGCAUCUGCCCUGGCCCACCCAUAGCCAUGUGGCCUUUGUGGUAGUUUCCUGUUGGGAUCAUGUUUUGAGCAAUGUAAGGAGCAUUUCCACCCAGCAGGGAAGCUGGACCAAUGUCUUCCUGUGUCUGGUCACUCUUGCCUGCACACCGGCCUCAGGUCUGCCCUCGGAUCACUGACCAUCACUCUUGGGCCCGAGCAUAGGAGGUCACCAUUGUCCUAGAGUGGAGUGGGGUUGGCCUGUCCCUUAGCCCUGCACCCUGCCCUCGGCCCUGCCACCCCCCAGCCCCGCGCCCUGAUCUCAGUCCCACACAGCAACUGGUGGAGGGUGCUCUGUGCACCUCCACCUCCUGGCCAGGUCCCAAGAAACUGGCACUCAGGGUGCCUAUCAGGCAAGGCAGUGGGUACUUGGUGGACAGCCAGCUAUCUGUGGUGAGCUUGGUGGGGCCAAGUGGUCCCCCAGAUCUGGGAGCCUCGCUGGUCCAGAGCCGUGUGGCCCCAAGGGGAAGCUACAGGGCCUAGGAGGGUGGAUCGCAGGCACCCUUUGCCCCUCACGCUGCAGCCCCUCUCCAGGCCCCUAGCCUUCAAGUGGGGCAACACCCCUGCCACCUCAAGGCCCACUCGCAGCUGUCAGGGCCACAGUGUACAGUCCAGAUAUACGUCUGCCCCAGAAGCCCCAAGGCUGCCCAGCCUCCUGCCACACCUGGGCAGAGUGUGGACUGAGUCCGGUCCAGCACCACUUGCUCUGCGGACUCGGGCUCCGAGGCCAUCAGGAGGUACGCACUGUGGCCCCACUGCCCUGGAGCACAGCCCCCGGGGGGACGCCACACGCAGCUCGUACAACAUCUCAGGUGGCCCCAGAGCCAGAGAGGCAAAGAGCACUGGGCACAUUCUCUGAUCUGGGAUCAGGCCCAGCUUCCGUGAAGGGAGGCCAGGCAGGCACCCCGAGCCUGGUGCGUUGCUCCUGAUGGUUCUCACCCCAAGCUGCCCCUGGGGGCUCAAGGAGUGGGGCAGCACCCACUUGGGGCAGUGUUGGCCUUGGUGGGGGGCUGGCCAUCUUACCCACCACCCUGGCCCUCAGAGGACCGCCCCUCCCAGGGCACUGGACACGAGUGGGGGAGCUGUAUGCAGGCCAUGCUCUUUGCCACCUGGCCGCCGAGUCUGCACCUGUAGCCAGCAGGCCUGGGACUCCUGGGAGGCUCUGGAAAGGACAGUUUUAGUGAGUCAUGGUCAGCUGAGGCUUUGUGGUUCCUGUGAGCCAGGCUGCCCCCAUGGUGUUGGUGGGGGCAGGCUGCCUGGCUUCAUAGUGCCCUGUGAGACAUGUGGUCAGUGCACCUGGGUCUGGUCAGGGUGUAUGGUGAGGGCUCAGAUGCACUCUGCAGACCCUUCCCUAGCCCUGUUGGCAGCCUUUCCCAUAGGGAGGUCCCUGCCUGCUGUCUGGCCAGUCCCUGCUCCAGCACAGCCUAGGGACCUGACUCCAUGUCUCAGGUGCAGCCCUGGGCCGCCACCUGGUGGGGCAUCUUGGUGUUCGCUGUGUAAAUGAGGCUCUGGGAGCCCCAAGGCAGCCUAAAUGGGUGAGCACCUGUUGCUGUGUCCUCCUGGGCGGGGCGCAGGGAGACAGACAUAGGCUGCCAUGGCAGUUGGGGGAGCCCCGGGAGGAGGUGACGGCUGGAUGACAAGGGGGUGUGAAGGGGUGUAGAGUGGUGUGUAGGCAUGUGGCCGGGCAGCGGUCAGGCUCCAGUGCGGAGGCCUUAACGUGGGCAGAGGAGCUCGGGUGUGAAGAGAUGGGCCAGCGGUGACAGGGCUGGCAGGGCUGGCGGCUCAGGGCAAAGGUGGGGGUGGGUGUGUAGGGGCAUUUGGGGAAAAGUUGGCAGAACUGGCCAUUGGAUUGGUGUGGGGAGUGCAGGAAAGACCAGACUCAAGGACACUCCUAGGGUUUUGUCUUGAGCAGCUGGGGGAGACUGCCAUUUCCUGAGCUGGGGUAUGUGGUGGUGGGGGGGGUGCUGAUGUGUCUGUGCCAGGCCUGCUGGCCGUCUGGGCAGAGGUGAAAAGGCCAAGUUGUGCAGGGUGAAGGGAGCUACAGAUGCCUGGGGGCUGUACGUGGAUGUCUGGACUAGGGCUGGUGGCUUCACAGUUCCGUGGGGUGGCUCCAUCCAGGGCGUCAUAGGGGUGAGUGCAGGGAGUGGGGGGGGGAGGGGCAGUGGGUGCACUGUUGCAGAGCCUGGGGUAGAUGCCGGUGGCCAGGACAGGACGCGGAAUGACUGCCUCGACACACGGGGUCUGGAUGGACAGGUGGGGAGGAGAAGGGGCCCAGAGCAGACGUCAAAACCCCAAGGCAUCACCACCGUCCCCAGGCGUGCAGGGAUGUGUGGGCCCCAGGGGCUGCACAGGUCUUCAUCCAUCCCACAGGUGGCUUUGGGGCCCAUGUGCAUGCCCCCACAUGGAGGAUGACCACAGCCAGCUGUGAUCUCUGCAUUGGCCUAAGUCCCACUGGAACUUGUUCAGAGCGGGCAAGUACAGGGCACCUACCCCCUUGGCCCUGCAGCCUGCUCUGAAUUGGUGGCUCCUGGGCAGCCAGUCCUGGAACAGAGGGAGAGCCCCCCAGCUCCUGUAGCGACAUCCCUUUGUUGCAGCUCUGUCAUCUAGUUGUCCCUGUAUAAUGCUGAGUUCCAGGCUGGGCCACCUGCCUUGCAUAGCAGGCAGGGUCCCUAGCAGACGGGAGCCCCCUCCCAGCCUCUGCCCACAUGAAGUGGAGGCUGAUGGGUUGGGAUCAGGCCUGGGCGGAGAGUGGUGGGGGGAUGCCAGCUGCCUGGGAGAAGGUGGACGUGGGGGCCUACCCUGGGUCUCCAAGGAUGCCACCAGGCACCAGCUGACCACCUAAGGAGGCUUCGUCACUGCCAGAGAUGUGCUCAGCAGUCCUGGGGGCGUCCAGGGUUUUGCCAGGACACGUGCCCACCUUCAGAGGGGACUCUGGGCACAGAUGGGUCAUCCCACCUAGGGGAGGGACUUGUUCUGGGGAGUGUCCUUGCUGGGUGUCAGGGGAGGGCAAAGGGUCUGCUCAAGGCGCGGCUGCUGGCCUGGGCGUCAGGUGCAUUGGCACUGCUCCUUGGGGCAGCUGGGCCAGGCCAGCAUGUUGGACCAGGAGGGCCCUUGUGAGCAGGCAGGUCCCCCUUUGAAACCUGAAAUCUGACCUUUUAUCCCAGGGUGAGCAAGCCCUAUCCCUAGGGUUGCCUGCCUGGCCCACCAGCCCUGACCUCACUGCCUGCCCCAGCCAGCAGGUGGGCCACCACAGCAGCCCCUCCAUAUGCACUCUUAUAGGUACUGACCACAGCCCACAGAGGACUGGGGCCCUGACCCCUCCUACCCUCUACCUGUGGCCUAGGCCGAGUGUAGGGGCGCCGGCUGGCAGGUGGGGUUUGCCCACAGGUACAGCCCAUGGCCUAGCUGCUCUGCCUCCCCACUGGCCUGAGCUGCUGCCCCCUCCCCCUAGGUCAGGAGAUGGGAAGGGGGGCUUCCACAGUGAAGUUCCUCGGCAGGAGCUAAUGCCUGUGUAUGCACCCCUACAUGUGCAGUGUGGGGUGUCCCUGUGUGUCUCUGUCCUGGCAUGCGAUGUGCUGUGGGGUGAGCUUGGAUUUAGAUCUGUAUCCUGUGCGGAACGUGGAGGUGGGGGACCCCAGUUGCUCCCCAAUGGGCCCUGGGCUAGAACUGCAGAGCCUGGCAGAUGUGGCCCCAGCCUAGGUGCCCACGCUGUCGUGAGUGUCCCCCCCCAUCAGAGCUUCCCUCUGAGAAUCCCUGAGGGUGGCCCCGAGGCCCAGGCAGGCCAUGGUGGAGUCUCGGUCACUGUUCCCCAGACACCCUGACCUCCAUCCCGUGCCCUCAGGCAGUGGGAGGCCGGCACUUGUCCUGCAGUUCUGUGCAGUCCCAGUCGUCACUAUUCGGGAACAUGGAGUCAUCCCACAUAGGGGAGGGGCUUGUUCUGGGGGAGUGCCCUUGUUCAGUGGGUGCUCACGGUGGGUGAGCUGGCUGUUUGGGCCCAGGGCCAGGUGCAGGCCUGGCCACGCGUGGAGCCUUCUCAUCCCGUCCUUCCUGGAGCCCUGCGUUGGUGGCAGCCCACGGGGCAGAGUCCACAGAGAGGCUUGAAUGAGGGAGGUCCUCUCUGUAUCUGACUCAGGCAGCCACUCCAGAGAGCCAUCCCCACUGGCUGUCCCUGACAGUCACUCCCGUCCCCACUCUGCUGCCACCCAGUCACCAGUGGCCUCAAGGUCCUUUCAACUUUGUCCACCUUGAGCUGGCUGUCUGCCGCCCUGCCCAUUCAGCAGCUCUGUGGGCACCAGCCCCACCAUGCUCUGAGCCUGGCCUGUGCUCCUGCCUCUUCCAGUGCUGACUACCUCCUGGGUCUGCUCCCCACCUGUCCCACUCAUGCCACCUAAAUGGGGUUGCAGAUAGGACCCCUGGAAGGUAGGGUGCCCCUCCCUGGAGGAGAAGUAGAUGCUGGAAAGCCCUGAAGACAAAGGUCUACUAAAGUCUUGUCUGGACUUAGUCAAGCCUGCCCCCACAGGCACCUCCAGGUCUGAGUCCAAACCUAAGCCAUGCCAAGUCCCCCUGGGGCCUCAUAGCGGGCAGCACCACCCUCCACUGGCAAGGUCAGAAGUGCGUGGCGCCUGCCUUAGCCCUAUGCAGUUAGCAGUCCCUUGGCCUCCUCUUCCUACCAUGCCCUGGUCUGUGGGGCAGCAGCGCCUCUCCUGUCCACUUACCCCAGCUGCACCUGUGGGGUGGGGAUGGGGCUGCCCUGCAGAGUUGUGCAGUCGUGCUAGACGCUGAGCUCUGGGUCCACUCCGGCACGGCCGGCCACAUCAGAGACUCAGCCUCACUGGAGGUGCGUUGGCAUUUGCCACUUGAGCUGCCCCAGCAGAGGCCACGCUCAGGCGGCACUACCGGGAAAGGGGCAGAUGAACGCACACCGCCGCCACCGCCACCCUCUAGGAGGGCACAUGCCCCGAGACAGGUCCCGGUUCUCUGCUCCCUAACACUUCGUGGAACCCAAUGUUCCGGAAUAGUGAAGAUUUGGACUGCACGGAAUCGCAGGAUGAGUGCCAGCCUCCAUCUGCGUCCCCGACAGGCCCACUCGCUUUUUAUGACAAGUUCUUCCCAGAUUGUCCUGGGGCACGCGCUGGGGCUGCCCCGCCUGGGGGAACCCUGGACUUCUGCGGCACCCACCUGGCUGAGAAGGGCGGGGCCGGGGAGCGAAUCGGCUCCCGCCCCCACAGGCAUCAAGGCUGCCCCCGUUUCUUAGAGGGCUGAGGACCCCCUCGCCCCACAGGACCGUAUAGACGGGCACGAGGGGCGCCCAUCGCCGCGGGAUGGACAAAGAGGACAGAAUCCUGGGGCCGCCGUUGGCCGGGGAUCCAAGCUUCCUGCCCCACCUGCGCUGCCCGGAUCCCCCGCGCCUCGAGGGGCUUAAGAAGCCCUGCUCUCCGCCUGGCACCCCUG